CGCUUUUUUAUUUAUGUUUCACUUCACAAGCAGCAACGUUCUUGUUCCAGGAGCGAAUUUUUUCUCUAAAAAUUACUUUAUUACUGUUACUAAAAGUUACUGCUAUUUUAUAGUAUACUGAGUGAUUACUUUUGUUUUCAACGGUUGCGACUAGAAAUUAUCGGGUAUGUCCAGUCCAGCAAGAUCCACUCGUGGCCGGCGACAAGAAAAUGGCUCACAAAGCACUCCUUCCAAGCAAACUACUUCCAACAAUGAAACUGAAACGCCCUUGCGAAUGGGAAGUCGAUCUCAAAAUCCCAACGUUGUAGUUGAAAGCUCGGACAAUGUUACAGUUCCCACUUCUCCAGCUGUUGGGGGAUCCGGAACCGCUAUGGGUCCACCAACUAGCCCAUUCAAUGCUGGAGGAGGUGCGGGUGCUGUGGGAUUGAGCGAAAUCGAUAUCAGCUCUCCAUUGAAUUAUGGAACACCAAGCUCGAUGGGGUCAAUCCGCACGCCUAGAUCCGGCGUUCGUGGUACCCCGAUGAGACAACGACCCGAUCUUAGGACCGAUAGGCAUAUGCGCCAGGUGAAUGUUGGAUCCGAUCAGUUGGAACCUAUUCCGGAAGGAAGCGCACAAUCGGAAGCCGAUUCCGUUGGAGCUAGUCAACCGAAAAUGGUUGUAUGGGGUACUAACGUUGUGGUAUCGGAAUGUUUGAAGAAGUUCAAGGACUUCAUCAUGAGAUACAUAGAUCCCGAUGCGGCACAAGAUGAGGUUUCUGAGGGAAUGAAUUUGAACGAUCCUCUCUAUAUGCAAAAGUUGGAGGAAAUCAACACACUGGAGGAACCGUUCUUAAAUGUCAAUUGCGCUCACUUGAAGACCUUUGAUGAAGCCUUGUACCGCCAGUUGAUCUGCUAUCCGCAGGACGUGAUCCCAACGUUCGACGUCGCCAUAAAUGAGAUGUUUUUCGAGCGUUACCCAGCCGCUGUUUUGGAGCACCAGAUCCAGGUUCGUCCAUUCAAUGCGGAAAAGACGCGCAGCUUGCGCGCAUUGAAUCCGGAAGACAUUGACCAGCUGAUCAGCAUUAGUGGGAUGGUGAUUCGUACUUCGAACAUAAUGCCGGAAAUGAGGGAAGCAUUCUUUAAAUGUAUUGUCUGUAGCUUCAGCACUGUGGUUGAGCUGGAGCGGGGUAGAAUUGCUGAGCCGACACUCUGCUCACACUGCAACACUAAUCAUUGUUUCCAGUUGAUUCACAACCGCUCGCAGUUUGCCGAUCGACAAAUGGUUAAGCUGCAAGAAGCACCCGAUGACAUGGCUGCUGGACAGACUCCUCAUAAUGUUUUGCUUCUUGCUCACGAUGAUCUGGUUGACAAGGUCCAACCGGGAGAUCGCGUCACGGUGACUGGUGUAUAUAAAGCAAUGCCAAUACAGGAGCAUCCCCGUCAACGUAACGUCAAAUCGGUGUACAAAACCCACAUAGACGUUGUACACUUCCGCAAGGUGGACGAUAAGCGUCUGUACGAGCAAGAGGAAGGCAAGGAACACAUGUUCCCGCCAGAAAGAGUAGAACUCCUUAAAAAGCUAUCUCAGAAACCGGACGUGUACGAUCGAUUGGUAAGAACGAUUGCUCCCUCUAUCUAUGAAAACACCGAAGUAAAAAAGGGAAUCCUGCUUCAAUUGUUUGGCGGGUCAAAGAAAAAACAAGCUACUUCAGGUCGACAGAACUUCCGCGCAGAAAUUCAUAUGCUGCUUUGUGGAGACCCCGGAACAUCAAAGUCACAACUGUUGCAGUAUGUAUAUCAUUUGGUUCCCAGAGCCCAGUACACUUCCGGAAAAGGAUCGUCCGCGGUGGGUUUGACAGCAUACGUCACUAAAGAUCCCGAGACACGGCAACUGGUUCUGCAAACAGGAGCCUUGGUUUUGGCCGACAAUGGCGUUUGCUGUAUUGAUGAGUUCGACAAAAUGAACGACUCUACCAGAAGCGAAGUGAUGGAACAGCAGACACUCAAUAUUGCGAAGGCAGGAAUCAUUUGCCAACUGAAUGCUCGCACAUCAAUUUUAGCAGCUGCCAACCCAUCCGAAUCACAAUGGAAUCCGAACAAAAACGUCAUUGAGAACGUUCAGCUUCCCCAUACGCUGAUGUCGAGGUUCGAUUUGAUUUUCCUGAUUCUGGAUCCUAAAGACGAACAAUUCGAUCGACGUCUGGCAAGUCAUUUGGUAUCACUUUAUUACGCCAGCCGUGAGGAUGACGAAGACACACUUUUCGACAUGAGUAUUCUGCGCGAUUACAUUGCCUAUGCUAAGGAGCAUAUCAACCCAAUACUGUCCGAAGAGGCACAGCAGCGCUUGAUUCAGGCAUACGUGGACAUGCGCAAGGCCGGUGCAGGUCGUGGUCAGAUUUCGGCCUACCCAAGGCAAUUGGAAAGUUUGAUCCGAUUGGCAGAAGCUCAUGCGAAGGUGCGCUUCAGUCAAACUGUCGAUGUGGUCGAUGUAGAAGAAGCUUAUCGUCUGCACCGCGAAGCUUUGAAACAGUCUGCAACUGAUCCGCUUUCUGGAAAAAUUGACAUCGGCAUUCUAACGACCGGUUUGUCCACUGCGGCAAGAAAGAAGCGAGCUGAGUUGGUUACCAGCAUUAAGAAUAACUUGAAGACUAAAGGCAAGAUAUCUACAUUGCCUUACAAGAAACUAUUUGGCGAGAUUAAAGAAGCAUCGCAAGUGUUAAUUACAAAGGAACAAUUCGAAGAAGCUCUUAAAGAACUCCAAGAUGAGGGUGUUAUUGUUAUCGUUAGUAAUAAUACCAUCAGGAUAUGCUAAAAGGCCAUUCUCAUCUCUAUGCAGUACCUUUCUUACUAUUCAUAAGGUUAGUACUAAGUUGUUUUUAUUUUACUUUUAUUGACCGAAAUACAUGAUCAUAGUCAGAUAAA